AGGGGCUGGACCUGGCGCUCGCGAGCCAAGCUGAGCGCCCUUUGUGCCGGGUAACCGCCCAGGGAUGCAUCCGAGCUAGGAGACAGGUCCAGGAUGAGGGCCAUGUCUGUCUGGGCCUCAGGCCUCCUGGUGCUCCAGAUGCUGCUCUUGGUGGCUGGGGAACAGGGCACACAGGAUGCCACCACUGUUGCCACCACCGCUGCUGAGAAGGGGCUCCACAUGCAGAAGGUGGGGUCUGGUUCUGUGCGAGCUGCACUGGCGGAGCUCGUGGCCCUGCCCUGUCUCUUCACCCUGCGGCCACGGCCAGGUGCAGCUGGAGAAGCCCCUCGGAUCAAGUGGACCAAGGUGCGCACCGCGGCAGGCCAGUGGCAGGACUUGCCCAUCCUGGUGGCCAAGAACAACGUGGUUCGAGUGGCCAAGGGCUGGCAGGGACGUGUGUCUCUGCCCGCCUACCCCCGGCACCGGGCCAACGGCACGCUGCUACUGGGGCCACUGAGGGCCAGCGACUCCGGGCUCUACCGCUGCCAGGUGGUGAGGGGCAUCGAGGAUGAGCAGGACCUGGUGUCCCUGGAGGUGACGGGUGUUGUGUUCCAUUACCGAGCAGCCCAGGAUCGCUAUGCGCUGACCUUCGUCCAGGCCCAAGAGGCUUGUCGUCUCAGCUCAGCCACCAUUGCAGCCCCACGGCACCUGCAGGCCGCCUUUGAGGAUGGCUUUGACAACUGUGACGCUGGGUGGCUCUCUGACCGCACUGUUCGGUAUCCUAUCACCCAGUCCCGCCCUGGUUGCUAUGGCGACCGUAGCAGCCUUCCAGGGGUGAGGAGCUAUGGAAGGCGCGACCCAGGGGAACUCUACGAUGUGUAUUGCUUUGCCCGUGAGCUGGGGGGGGAGGUCUUCUACGUGGGUCCGGCCCGCCGCCUGACCCUGGCCGGCGCUCGCGCCCAGUGCCGCCGCCAGGGUGCCGUGCUGGCCUCGGUGGGGCAGCUGCACCUGGCCUGGCACGAGGGCCUGGACCAGUGCGACCCGGGCUGGCUGGCCGACGGCAGCGUGCGCUACCCGAUCCAGACGCCGCGCCGGCGCUGCGGGGGUCCCGUCCCCGGCGUGCGCACAGUCUACCGCUUCGCCAACCGCACCGGCUUCCCCGCACCUGGAGAGCGCUUCGACGCCUACUGCUUCCGUGCUCAUUACCCUACUCCACAACAUGGAGACUCAGAGACCCCUUCGUCUGGGGAUGAGGGAGAGAUUCUGUCGGCAGAGGGGCCCCCAGCCCAAGAACUGGAGCCCAGCGUGGAGGAAGGGGAGGUGGUCACCCCUGACUUCCAGGAGCCUCUGGUGUCCAGUGGGGAGGAAGAGCCUCUGAUCUUGGCAGAGAAGCAGGAGUCUCAAGAGACCCCAGGCCUGGCCUUUGGGGUCCCCACAGUAGCCUCCAGACCUUACCUGGAGGCCGAAGAGGUGUGGCCAAGCACCUCGGCCCCCUUCUCCAGCAGCCUGGGGGCCGGCACUUCAGCUGGCACACACAGGGAGGCGACUCCAGCUGGUCCCACGCCCAGAAGGAGGGGGCGCUUUAAAGGCUUGAACGGGCGACACUUCCAGCAGCAGGAAUCCCAGCAAGGGCUGGAGGGGAGGCUUGAGGUCGGUACCCAGCCCCCCACCCCAGAGGCUGCUGGGAAUCAUGUGGAGCCUCCCCUGGCCACCGCAGUCACGGACUCUUUAGGGAGUGGCAGGAGCCAAAGCCCCUGGGCUGUGCUGUCCAAUGAGGUGGAUGUGCCUGGAGCUGGUUUCCCUGGUGGCAGGAGCCCCACAGAGCUCUGGCUGUGGCCCCCUACAGCGGUCCUACCCAGCAUCCCCGGCCCCAGCAGAGCCCUUGGCUUCAAGCUGGAAGAAGCCAAGGGCCCCAGUGUGAGGCUGGCCCCCCCAAAACUCCCCUGGGCCCCCUCUGAGGCAACUGCCCAUGCUCCUAGCCCCUCAGGGGAUUCCAGCGCUGCCCCCUGGGAGGUGUCUCCCAUGGUCACUUCCCUAGACCUCCCUGUCAUGGCCAUGCUUCGUGCCCCCAAAGCGUGGCUCCUCCCACACCCUACGCCCCCACCCACCCAGGCCAGUGGGGUCAAGGGUCAUAGUGAGGUCAUGGCCACUGCCCCACGCUCACUGUCCUCAGAGAUCCAGGCCAGUCCCCAGGACCCCAUCCAUCCAGAAGUGUAUUCCUCCCCCCCCUCCUUGGACCUGACAGGACAAGGCAGGGAGGCCAUGUUCCCGACAUUCCCCAGUCCUAACUCCCUCAGGGCAGACUUUGGAGAAAUUGAAGAGACCAGCCCCACUGGACUCGUCAAAGCUGAGCACCCCAGAUCCAGCCCACAGGCUUCUGUGGAUGGCAGUGCAGCAGCAGAUUUCACCCCCAUGGAGAUGGCUACUGAGCCCAUGGGAGGGAGAGGCAUCUCGGAGUCUGAGACUGGGGUCUUCAGCACAGCAGAGAGCCCCACUGCUGGCUCAGAGGCCACCGUGGGGGAGGCACGGGGCAUGUGGCCCUCACUGCACAGCGAACAGCUGGACCCCCGCCUCACCUCCUCACCGUUGAGGGGCCCUGGAGUCUCCCUGAGUUUGGAGCCUUGGGCUGCUACAGAUGGAGGAGGUACAGUGGGUCCCGCGGAUUCCACGGCCACAGUGGACCCUGGUGAUGCUGAUGGGAUUUGGAAACCUGGAUCCCGCGUGGUUGAAGGAGCUGAAAGCCCCACCAUGAGCCCUCAGGUGGCUGUGGAUAAAAAUGUGGUGACGUCCCUCAUGUCCCUGGACCAGGGGGACAAGGGUGGGGUCCUGGCCACGUCCACAAUGGACUCCUCCAGCUCCCAACCCCACCCAGAGCCAGAGGGCCAAGGGAUGACCCGGGGACCGCUGGGAGCCUCCGCCCUUCCACAGGCGGGCAGCCUCCCUGUGAAUCCCGCGCUUGCUCCUUGGACACCUACGGCGGCCGGCAUGAACAAGCCUGUGUCGGAGUCCUUGGGCGAGCCCACAGUGCCGUGGGACUCCCCCAGCACCCUGCCGCCUGUCCCUUGGGUCCUGGGCAAUUUUGAGCUGGAGGUCCUUGCAGGGAGUGCCAGUGUGGAGGAGGCAGCGAGUGGAGAGGAGCCAGCCCUGCCAGGGACCCCCGCAAAUGGGAGUGCAGAACAGGCCCCCUCGGAUCCCUGUGAGAACAACCCUUGCCUGCACGGGGGCACCUGUACAGCCAAUGGCACCCUAUAUGGCUGUAGCUGUGACCGGGGCUUUGCUGGGGAGAACUGUGAGAUCGACAUCGACGACUGUGUCUCCAGCCCCUGUGAGAACGGAGGCACCUGCAUCGAUGAGGUCAACGCCUUCGCCUGCCUUUGCCUCCCCAGCUAUGGGGGCAGCCUCUGUGAGAAAGACACAGAGGGCUGUGACCGCGGCUGGCACAAGUUCCAGGGCCAUUGCUACCGGUACUUUGCCCACCGGCGGGCGUGGGAGGAUGCCGAGAGGGACUGCCGCCGCCGAGCGGGCCACCUGACCAGCAUCCACUCACCUGAGGAACACAGCUUCAUUAACAGCUUUGGGCGUGAAAACACAUGGAUUGGCCUGAACGACAGGAUCGUGGAGAGGGAUUUCCAGUGGACGGACAACACAGGGCUGCAAUACGAGAACUGGCGAGAGAACCAGCCAGACAAUUUCUUCGCGGGCGGGGAGGAUUGUGUGGUGAUGGUGGCGCAUGAGAGUGGGCGCUGGAACGACGUGCCCUGCAACUACAACCUCCCCUACGUCUGCAAGAAGGGCACAGUGCUGUGUGGUCCUCCUCCAACAGUGGAGAACGCUUCGCUCAUUGGUUCCCGCAAGGCCAAAUAUAACAUCCAUGCCACUGUACGCUACCAGUGCGACGAAGGAUUUGUCCAGCACCACAUGUCCAGCAUCCAGUGCCAGAGCAAUGGCAAAUGGGACCGGCCCCAAAUCAUCUGUACCAAACCCAGAAGGUCCCAUCGAAUGCGGCGACACCAUCACCACCACCAGCACCACCACCAGCAUCGCCACCACAAAUCACGCAAGGAGCGCAGAAAACACAAGAAACACCUGGUGGAGGACUGGGAGAAGGAGGAAGGGAAUUUCUGCUGAAGAGCCAGGCAAAAGAGAGCACAACCCCCUUCCACACCUCCUCUGGAGCUUUCGCCUGGGGAGAUAGAGCCCAGAGAGAAACAAGAGGGUCCGGAAGCCCCUGCGCCCCAAACCACAUGCCCCACCCCCAUAAUCCUUUGUAAAAAGCCCCUCUCCCCUCUUUCUUACGUAUACAGGUCCUCUUGGCAGGUGCAGCCAUGUGUCUGAAAAUCCAGUUCUAGUCAGGCUGGACUCUGGGAGAAGCUCCCAGUGGAGGGAAGCACAAUCAGCAAAGAUCAUUCUUUGCUGCCCUGAUUUAGUCUUUUGUUGGCAAGUCUAAUUGCCAGUUGUUGAAAUAAGGCUUUGAUGAGGGUGCAAGAGUGUACGUUUGGAUUUGCACUGAGGAAUUGCUUUUCACACCAGAGAUGCAGGCUUUGUAAACUGUCAGAUGUCCUAAAUGCAGCCUUUGGUUAAAGUCACUGUCUUUGGGAGUAGAAAAUGACGUGGAAACACACUGCUUGAACUUGAGGACUGCUCUUCUGUUACCUUGGACUUGAACCAAGUUCAGUCUUUGGUCUUGGUGGAUAAACAGCGUUGAACUCCUAUGUACUGAAUUUUAGGAAUGUUUUUAGAACAGCCUCCUUCCAUGCCCUCAGAGUUAGGGGUCAGAUAGUCAGAGCAAUACGUGGGCAAUAAGGGAAGGUGUAUUGCUUAUCUUCCCAGGUCUUUGUCCCAGUGCUGAGAUUUGGUGGUUCUGCAUGUGUGGUAAAUCUCACAUGCACAUGCGCACAUGAACAUACACACACACACAUACACACACACAGAUGAGAGGAUAUUUAGGGCUUGACAAGCCCAGGUUUCUUCCCCCUCCAUCUCUCAGGGAGACAAAAACCUCCUUCCUGGACCAAGGAGGUGCCAAGUUUUCUAGCUCAGUGCCCGUGCCCAUCCCUCAAGCAGACAUCGGUAGUGCGCUGCCCUGGGUCCCACCCCUACCCCAUCCCUGUCUCCAUCCGUUGCCUGGGAGACUAGAAAUGCUUAAAAACUGAAGUAGUGACAUCUACCUGCAGUCCUGUAGAGAGAUGCACAGUGCUAAAAACCGAAACAUACACACACAUUUUUCUCUCAUCGUUUUUUAAAAACAUUUUAAGUGGGAAAGAACUCCCCUGGCCUUCCCCCAAAUCUACAACCUAUAAAGGACUUUCCAAGAUGAAGGCUGGGACCCAGCUCCCUGAUCUCUAGGAGGGAAUAUCCACAGCUUUUCCUCCAUGUUUUGUCUACUCUCAGCCCCUCCCGUCUGGGUAAUAUCUAUGGACUAGUGUUAAAACACACACUGGAGAUUAGCCGUCUGCAGCAAAGAAAAAUAAGCAAAUAUAUGGUCCCUCUAAGGGUUCAGUAGAGGCAGGAAUGUGUUGACUGAGCCUGUAUGCCUCCUGGGAAGUCCUAAUUACAGCUGACCACUUUGGAGUAGGUACCCUGCUAAAAUACUUGCACACUGUCUCCUCGAAUCUUCUCAACAGUCCACAGACUUAGAAACCAUUAUGUUCCCAUUUUACACAUGACAAAACAGGCUCAGACAAGAACGGCACUGGCUUGACGUCUCAGCCAAGGCAGAAGGAAGGACCUAGUCCUACCUCCGUCUGACAGAGAACACUGCUCUCUACUUUGGGGAAGGAAUUGAAACAUAAUUGUGCUCCCUCUCACACUCAUAGACAGAUUUAGGAAAAGAUUGAGAAGUGCAAACCAGACCCUCAUCCUCGACCAUGGUAUUCAGUCUUCCCUUCUAUAGAUAUCAUCCACUGUUCCACGAUACCGUAUUGUUAAGAAAGCCCAGGGAUAUAGCUUUGCCUUCUUGCUUUGAUAAUUCUUGUUCGUUUAAAAAUAUAAUAACACCAGUCAUCCACGUCACAAAAGAAUUUUCCUUUGUUGGGGGGUGCUGGAGAUGCAACUUUUUUUGGGUGUCUUAGUUUAUGGUCCCUGCCCUUGGUCCCCUUGGACCCUUGCCCUGCCCCUACCCCAGCUCCAUGGUGGGAGGGGGCUCUGGUCUUUCCUAAAGUGGCUGGUUUGUCUUUUGGUCUUUCCCUUUGGUAUGUGUGCGUGUGUUUGUGUGUGCCACUUGUGUGGCAUGCAUGUGUGUGCGUGUGAACAGCUUUGGGUUCCACUGGUUUUGCUGUGAGCUGCAGUUAUCUGUGGGUCUGUGGUAUCUGACACUGUGGACAUUAAUGUACUUC